AUGGUCCGUGCCGCUCCUUUCGUGGUGCGGCUGGCUGUGGCAGUGGCGGUCCAUGAUGGCCUCUUCCAGGCUCCAGAUUUCCUGAACUGUGCUGGGCCACCAUUUUCUCCGGUAUGGUCCGUUUUCCGAGAUGCGGCCAUUUUCAAUGCACGGGCUGGCUAUCCCCGAAACGAAAGCCUUCGCAGCAUGGCUGUCGAGCUGAUAAGCGGCUUUGAGGAAAGCAUGAUCGGAGGAGCCAGGGCUUGGGUUGUGCAUCUGCGCACAGCUGCGACUGGAGACAUCUUCGAGCUCAGGUCCCACGGCACGGAGCAUGCCGCGUUCAUGGGACAGGGUGUCCAAGGUAAGCCGGGGCCUUUGGGUUCGUCCUUGCGGGCGUCCCAGCAGGUGAACGUGGAUCAGCAAGAUCCAAUGGCUUUCUGCCUCUAUGGCUACGUGCACGCACUCUUUGUGGAGUACAGGCACACCGUGCCCUUCGAGCACGCUGGAGGACCUUUCCUCAAUGCAGACGACCCUCGGCGGGCCACGUGCCAUGACCGACGGCCCUUGCUCCAAGUCGCCGAGCAGCUCUUGGGCGGAGAGACAGGUGAGACGGACUUCUUGGAGAGCUCGGACUGGCCACUGUCUUCCCUGGACUUACAUCUCAGCUUGCACUCGACGCUGGACUUUCGAUCCUCGCCGAAUUGCCAUGAAAUCUUCGAUCCGCGGCUCGUGGCGAAAUCUGCUGUGCAGGAGAUUCUGCGCUUGCCAGAUGUCAGCAGCUGGAAUGCGCGGCCAUUCAAGGUUGCGGCACUCGGUCUUCACGUUGCCAGCACUCUGGAGCCUUUCGCGGCCAUUCGCGAAGCUGCGCGUCGAUCUGGCUUGGAAGAUGGCCUUGACGUGUUUUUUGCUGGGCACCCGUGCUACGGCCGGCCUGGAGACAAGACGCUGAAGCACGCCUGCAUUCACAAAUGUCAAAUGCUGGGUUCUCCCUGUGAAGACGAUGAGGUUGCCGAAUUCCUCAAGCGCAUGUUCAACAGCUCAGGCUUUUAUGAGGAAGUUCCGUGGUCGGUGUCGGAAGCUCUCAGCGAGCUAAGUGGUCUGUGGCAGCGCGAACCUGCGAUUGGCAGCGCCGACGUCAUCAUAUGUUCGGGCCCAAUGUCCCUUUGCUACUUGAUUGACGUGCUCGCCCCCUCGACCCCAUUAGUGGUGCCGGUUUGCUCUCAAUUGCUCUGGGGAGCUCCGCCUGGCAACGAUUUUCGAGCGGCUCUCUUGUCACACGUUCGCAUUAUGAUGCAAAAUCCCAGGCGUGUUGUGAUGGCUUGCAAUGCCUUUGCGGCUUCGCAGUGCCUCUAUCAGACCGGUGCCAGUCUUCCAGUUGUCGAGCGGGUGGCGCACUACCUUCCACCCCACGUGGUUUGGAAAGCUCAGGAUGCAGAUCAUUGGAAGGAGGUCUUGGUUCUUCGAGCCCGCUACUGGCACCGGCUUCCUGGACAGUACUUCAUGGAUGUCCUCGAAUCCUACCUCAGGCUGAAUCAGGUCAGCCACAACUACACCUUCGUGAUGGCCGCAUCAUUUGGGCCCGACGAGCUACCGCCUGAAGAAAUCGCCAACUAUCGUGCCGCGGUCCUCGUUCCCAACGAUUUGACAGUCUUUGCUUUCAUCGAAGUCUAUGCACUAGGGGUUCCGGUCUUUGUUCCGCGCCCCUCGUGGCUUUAUCGCUUGCGACGUGCUGCGCCGUUUGGCUUUCUCCAGCCGGCAUUCGCACUGCCGGACGUCUCUGGCAUACAUCACAAGUUCCCGCAUGCUCCUUUCCUCAGUGGUGCUGGCGGGCGAGAAGAUCUUUCUGCGUUUCUGUUUUGGCAGCAAACGUCUGAGCUCCACUCCAGACCACAUGUGCAGCAAUUCAGCAGCAUCCCCGAACUCAUCCAACUCAGCGGCUCCGUGGAUCUCAAUGCCGUGAGCCGUGGGAUGCUGGAGCACCGGGAAGAACUUCGCAAACGGGCUUUGGCCUUCUGGACGAACGUUCUGCAGAGGUGCUUGGAAGAAGGCCCUACUGCAAAUGAAGGCCCUGCCUCGCCCACGCCGCCCGGGCCCCCCCACGGCGCCCCCGCUGGCCACGAACGCGGCGGCCCUGGCGCCCUCCGGGCUGUCCUCGACUGUACGUCGGGUGAGGAGCACGCGCUCGGGGCCUGGAAGGACUUCCAUCGUGCUUUUCAGGGACAUGCUGCUGCCGGCUUCCCCAUCGACUGGGAGCUCCAGGCCAUGGCUACAGCGCUGUGGGAUGCAGUUCGUUCAACUCCAGACAACCUGGCUACUGCAUCGGCACUCUUCCAUCAAGUACUAAUUGGUGAGGCAUCUCCCGAAUUGAUCACGCACGCGCGGCACUGUCAUUAUGGACUGGUGGUGGCCCUCUUCGUGUUGGCCAGACACGCGAUGGCCCCCCAGCUUGAUGCCAAGAUUUCUGAGGGCCAGAACUAUGCGGCGCUGGCGAUGCGUCUGCUUGGCGGGUUUGCAGCUCUGGACUUCCUUGAGGAUUCCUCGUGGCCUUUGUCAUCCUUGGACAUAGCUUCUCUGCAGAUUGCACUGCGAUCAUGCCAUCCCGGGACUUGUGGCUGGGGCUGGGGCCACACCAGGGACGCCUUCCGCACUCGGACAGUUGUCGAGAGACUCGUGCCCUGGACAGUUCCUGCGACUGGGUUUGCCGAGCCGUCAAGCUCACUGCCGCUCGGGAUGUGGAAGCUGGCAGUUGUGGGGGCUCACCCGAGCCUUUGCGCAGACAUAGCAUCUGCAGUACAUUCCGCUGUACAUGGUCGGUCCGAGCAUCGGUAUUUUGGAUUGAGCUGUCCCGGUCAUCAUGCAGCGUCGCAUCAUUGUAGCUUUCGUUGCGAAGUGCUGGAGCAGUGUGAGAACGAUCUGAUCUUCGAUCGAAUCCUCAGCCGCAUGAUGGACUGGACACAGUUCGUCGAGAUCGACUAUGAUGAAGAGGUCCUCCGGCAAGAACUUCGUGCCAUAGUUGAGCUGGAUGCCUUCUUGCUUCAAGCUGAUCUGCAAGUAUGCACCGGGCCGUAUGUUCUCUGCUACAUGAUGCAGCGAGUUCUUCACAUUCCCUUUUUGGUUUACUCCGGUUUGGCUUUGACUUACUUGGCUUCUGCCGAGAAGCUGGAGGCUUUGUUGCAGUCGGCACGGGCGGCAGCUCUGCCUCCUUCAGGCGAUUCUGUGCGAAGCGCAUUCGUGGUCACCGAUUUCGUUCGGGCCGCACAGUUCCACCAUGCCACGGACGUUUGGGUGCCAGUGGUUCCUCCGCUGUCGAUGUACCAAAAGCUCGGUCACUCAGGACAGAUUUCUUUGCACCCCCAAGCCAUCGCACUUCGACCAGAGCUAUGGCGUCGUGCAGCCUUUGGCCCUGCAUUUCGCGGGCUGCUGCGGCAGAUGUUUCCGGGGAAGCCUGCGGUGGCCUUUCAAACACAUUUUCUUGCGCUGCGAACGAUUCUGUCCCACGAUGCCGCUCUGAUGAUACCGUGGGACAAUGACGUCAUGUCCUUCUUUGAGCUGUACCAUGCUGCCAUGCCAUUGCUGCUUCCAAGCCAAACGCUGAUGGCAAAGUGGCUUCCAGCCGUUCGCUGGGGCUCGCUGGAGUUUGACAGAAUGGUUGGUGACGUUCCCAUGUGCAUGUUUGCCUUCUGGCAGAGUCACAAGCAGAAGCUGCAAGCCCCAUGGAUGAAUCAGUCAAACUUGGCUGCCGCACUGGAGGGGGGCGCUUUGGCAUGGAUUGGGGCUACCGACUACUACCGCCUGCCUCACGUCCUUUAUUUUGACUCAGUUGCAUCCAUCGGAAGCUUGAUGCAAAGGCAAGUCCUUCAGGAGGCGAGUGUGAAAAUCAAAACAGAAAGCCGAAGAAUCCGUGCCCACUCGCUUGCCUUCUAUCGCGACAGUUUGCUGCAGCUGAUGGGGGAGAAGCCUAUGGAAGGCACCACCGUCCAGGAAGCGCUGCCCGUCGAAAGACGGCACUUUCGACACUGGAAGCAGCUACCAGAAGGAGGUACUUGCUGGAAUGGCUUCAUCACGCAAGCUGAUUUCCCUCAGGCUGAAGCAAGGGCUUCGGCCCACGUGGGCCUCAACCAAUGUCUUCAGCUGUGUGAUGAGACAGCCGGAUGUGCAGUUGCGGCUUUCAACGGUCUCACCUGCAUGGUCUAUGGUGAGGAAUGCAACCCUUCAAGCCUGCGUCGCGAAGGUGAACGUGGAAGCUAUGUUACAUGGAAGCGUGAAAGAUGA